UCUCUUUAAUGAUCUUUUUCCAUCUCUGCAUGUGACAAUCCCCAAAUCCAAAAUUCCAGCAUGUCUAGAGAGUGUAUCAGGAAGUUCUUUCCAGAACGCAAGUCCUUUGUCUUUGACCGGCCUACAAGUGCUGGAAAACUAUUACUCCAUAUUGAGGAAGCAUCAGAAAACCAAAUGGAAUGGGACUUCCAGGUUCAAUCAAAAAAUUUCUGUUCAUGUAUCUUCACCAAGGCAAAAAUCGAGACCCUAGGAGAGGGAAUCAUUGUCACUGGGAAUGAACUAGCGACUCUGGUGGUGACCUACGUAGAGGCCAUCAACGGUGGAGCAGUUCCUUGUGUGGAAAAUGCAGCACAUUCGAAUCCUCAUUAA